ACCAGUCAAAUAUGAGCUUGCACACAAAAUUCACGCCCAUUCAGUCAGAGAUGCGUCUAUUGGAUGAUGACAGCUGUCCAUCUGCAGCGCAGCCGUUGAGAGGGUAUGCUCUGAUUGGUGUAGCGGCACACAAAUAACAGCUUCUCCCUACACCAUACGACUGGAGGCUUACGGCGGGCCAAUCAGGAAUCUCGUUCUACAGCUCCGUGGGAAAGUACCGCCUCCGAUUGGAGGAACCCGAAUAGGCCACGUCAAGGGGGAUGACUCCUCCGAUUGGUUGAAGAUGUCGGCGACGUCCGCCUAUGACCAACCGGAGGCGCCACCAACUUGGUGAACGGCUGUCGCUGAUUGGUGGAGAACAGGAGGCCAGCCAACCCCGAAGGUGUUUACUGACGGAGCGGCGGGAGGGGGGGAAGCGAGCGUGAUCAGGGCCACGAUGAGGUAAAGUUUGCUUUUAAAGCGUUAACCGGCCGUUCAAAGUUUUGACGGGCGACUUUUUUUUUAAAAGCCUUCCUCACCUACCCCGAGGGGCGGCCAACGAUGAGCAGCGGGGCGCCCGAGGCCAAGCAGCGGCGGCUGGACGCGGGCGAGAAGGCCGAGGCGGGCGGCGCGCGUGCGCCGGAGGCGGCGGCCGCCGGGCUUGAGGCGGCGGUUGCCGGGCAGCGGGGGGGAGCCGAGACCGGGGCCGGCGCCUGCGCAGCAGCAGCAGCGGCCGCCGCCGCCGCCGCGGUUGCCGGGCAGCCCGUCUCCGGGGCGACGCAGCGCGCGCUGGAGGCGGUGGACGCGUGCCAGCGCGAGCUCGAGGCGCUGAGCGAGCGCGCCGGCGAGGAGAUCCUGCGCGUCGAGCGCAAGUACGGCGAGCUGCGGCGGCCACACUUCGAGCGGCGCAACCGGCUGAUCGAGGACAUCCCCGGCUUCUGGGUCACCGCCGUAUCCUUCCCCCGGAUUUGUCUCACUCUGCUCACAGGGAAGCCAGUGUCGCAGUCGACUCCUAUCAAGUGGAAGAAGGGGAUGGACCUGAUCUCGCUGAACCGGGGACUCGGCGAGAAGGGCAGGAAGCGCGGACACCGCAGUUUCUUCUCCUGGUUCACCGAGCACCGUAACCCCACCACUGACGAAAUCGCAGAGGUGCUGAAGGACGAUAUGUGGCCGAACCCGCUCCAGUAUUUCCUGAUUGCGGAGAGCGAGAGUGGGGAAAACGGCCUGGAUGACAGCGAUGAGGAGAACGGGGAGGGCUCGGUGGUGAUCGUGGAUGAGGACGACGAUGAGGAUGACGUCCAGGAGAUUGUGGACAACGAGGAUGAGGAGGAUGAUGUGGAAGGGUCGGAGGAUGACGAGGACGUGGAGGAGAUCAAUGAAGGCGAGGAGGAGGGUGUCGAGGUGGAGGGAAAGGAAGAUGCAGUGAAGGAAGGUGGCGAUGGCUAAACAGAACCUCCCUCUCCCUGGCUCUCCCUCCUCAAAACACAAUCCCUUCCAAAAACAAACUUUGUAAAACGGGUGCAUUCGCUGCUGUAUGCAAGAGAGAGAGAGAAUGAGUGAGUGUGGGGUACCUGUAGACUUUUGGUCCGAUGGGCCUUUCCACAAACAGGACGGCGGGGUGGGGGGUGGUGGCAGUUUUGGGCACCACAGUACUGUAGAUGUUAACGCAAUGCUAAUACAACUCGGGGCAUUCCAGAGUUCAAUCCCAGUGCGGUUCCGUAAGGAGUCCCCGUGGAUUUCUCCAGCUGGUCCAGUUUCCUUCUACAGUCCAACGACAUACUGGGCAGCUCUUUGUAAAUUGUCCCGUGAUUAGGUUAGGGUUGGAUGUACUGGGUAGUUUAAUUGGUCAUUGUAAAUUGUCCUGUCAUUAGGUUAGGGCGGAUGUUGGACGUAUGUAAAUUGUCCCCUGGUUAGGUUAGGGUUGGGCAUGUUGGGUAGGUGAAUUGAUCACUAUAAAUUGUCCAACGGUUAGGUUAGGGUUAAUCGGGUUUGUCAGUGGUUGCUGGGGCAAGGUAGCCCGGAGGGUCCACUCCACACCGUAUGAAUAAAACAUUUUUAGAAUCUGAUUUAGGAGCUUUCCCCAUUGGGAGAGUGGGAUUACAGGUGAAGAAAGGGGUUCCAAGGCACAGCAUGGGCAGGUGGGGUGAAUGAUUUUUUUUGUCUGAGAGAGGAAGAAAAUCCCAGCCCUUUGACAUCAGCUUCAGACAGUGUAAUCCCGGCUCAUCAUCCAGCCUAGCACUCACAGGAACACACAGCACCUAUGGAUGGGAAUAAACAGACUGGGCUGAAAACCUUUAUCAGGGCUGGAAAGGAAGUGGGAAAGAACCUUCCAUAACUUUUUUUUAUUCUGGCUUCUGCCCCUUUCUCCACUAGUCCUGACAGCGGCUCUUGGCCCAAAAAACGUUGGUUGUGUGCUCCCCUCCACUGAUGUUGUCUGACCACCUGAGUUCCUUCAGCAUUGUGUGUGUGUGUUCAAGAUUUCCAGUGUCAAGUGUCCCCAUUUUCUGGCCCAUCCUACCUUCCUCAGCUACCCCCCAUUUGCCUGCACUUGGCUGAUAUCCCUCUAAUCUUUUCCGUUCCAUGUACCACUGGUGUAAUGAGGCCAGAUGUAGGUUGGAAGAGAAGCACCUCAAUUUUUUUCAUCUAGACUCUGGAGAUUCUGGCUGUGACCUUGUCCUGUCAGUGGUCGUCCCUAACUCACCCUUCCCCCCCCCCCCCCACCUUGCUGAUAUAUCUCCCCUGUGGAAGCAAUACUCUGCUCUCCCUGCCGUGGCCUGCGGCUGAGCAGUCAGAUGGAUACCAAACGCCAAGUAGUGUUGCUGUUAGCUUGGGGCGUCGGAGUUCUGAGUUCAAUCCCAGUAUCCUCUAAGGAGUCUGUGUACGUCCUCCCAGUGAAACGAUGUGGGUUCUCACUGGGUGCUCUAGUUUCCUCCCACAGUUCAAAGAUGUACCAGGUAGGUUAAUUGGUCAUUGUAAAUUGUCCCGAUUAGGUUAGGGUUUAAUCGGGGUUUCUGGCUAGCGCAGCUUAUAAGGCCUGUUCCGCGGCAGUCCCUAAAUAAGUAAAUAAAAUUUGCUAUGAGCAGAAUUAGGCCAUUUGGCCCAUCAAGUAUGCUCUGUCAUUUCAUCAUGGCUGAUCCCUCUCAGUCCCAAAUCUCCUGCCUUUCCACCCCAUAACCCUUCAUGCCCUGACAAAUCAAGAAUCUAUCAACCUCUGCCUUAAAUACACCCAAAGACUUGGCCUCCACAACCGCCUGUGGCAAUGAAUUCCACAGAUUCUCCCCUCUCUGGCUGAAGAAAUUUGUCAUCUCCAUUAUAAAAGGACGUCCCUCUAUUCUGAGGCUGUGUCCUCUGGUCAUAGACUGCCCCACCCUAGGAAACAUCCUCUCCACCAUUCGAUUAGGUUUCACUGAGGUCUCCCCUCUUUCCCUGUCUGUCCCAUGUUCUUGAUCUUUAAAAUUUUCGAGGAAACCUGCUCCUCCUACGCAUUUGCCCCAGCAGUGGGGAUCUGGGACAUUGCAAGGCACUUUCCCAGUUCUCUCCACUGUCAAACCCUUCCUCAGCCUGCCUGGUUAGAGGCGUGGGGCUUUCAAAAUUCAGGUGUGUGUGUGUAUGUAUGUGUGUGUGUGCGCAAGCGUGUAAUCUUCUGAUCAGCCUCUGUGUGCAGCAAUAACUCCGACCCUUCUGAGGCGAGCAAUGCAUCAGCGUUGGGCUUCCAUGCAGAGAGGAGGAGUCCGUGCAUUCUUGCCACUGAAGCGUGACGACACCUCUCUGCAUUGUACUCCCAAACACCUGCUUCCUUUCUCCGUCCCCCCACCACGCAAAGCGUUGAGAGACGUCAACUUACCGCUGCAAUAUUUUUUUAUUAGACAGUCCUUCGAAUAAGUCCUGCUUCACGCAAGGGAAGGGGUUGUUCCCCCCCAUCCCCUUCCCUGCCUGCCACCUGUCCUUGUUCUUUAAAAUUUUUAAGGAAAGCAGUUUUUAUGUUGUAAUUAAUAUUGUGUAGUUCAGCAUUGAAAUCCAAAAUGUAUUUUUUUUUGGAGGCGCAAAAUUACUAAGAGUCACAAGCACUAUGUGAGUUCCUAUCUUUGGCCAAUAAAUCUGUUUGUCUUUA